CAAUAGCAACAUGGCGGCCGUGGUGGAGCGGGUUGACGGAGGAGUGGGGUCGUUGGACUCGGACUCGGUGUCGCUGAGACAGUCCACGCCUCUGCCGGACCAGCCGCACCAGAACAACCCGCUGCUCGGGCUGCCCAUCGUGGCCAUCGAGACCAUCCUCAACUUCCUGUCCUACGACGAGAUCAGCCUGCUGCGCUCGGUGUGCAAGCGCAUGGACAUGAUCUGCCAGCGCGUGCUGAACCAGGGCUUCCUGAAGGUGGAGCGCUACCACAGCCUGUGCCAGCGGCAGGUCAAAGCCCAGCUGCCCCGGCGGGAGUCUGAGAGGAGGAACCACUCGCUGGCCCGCCACGCCGACAUCCUGGCCGCCGUGGAGACCCGCCUCUCUCUGCUCAACAUGACCUUCAUGAAGUACGUCGACUCCAACCUCUGCUGCUUCAUCCCGGGGAAGGUCAUAGAUGAAAUCUACCGCGUGCUUCGCUACGUCAACUCCACCCGGGCGCCGCAGCGGGCUCACGAGGUGCUGCAGGAGCUGCGGGACAUCUCCUCCAUGGCCAUGGAGUACUUCGACGAGAAGAUCGUCCCCAUCCUGAAGAAGAAGCUGCCGGGGGCCGACCUGUCCGGCCGCCUCAUCGGCUCCGCACCGGUGGCCGGGCCCUCCACCUCCCUCACCACCAUGUCGCUGCUGGCCAAGAACACGCCGUCGCGCUCGGAGAUGACCAAGGUGCAGCAGCAGGUGAAGGUGAACGGCGCGUCCAUGACGGCGCUGCGGCGCGAGAUGCAGGAGGUGCGCGUCAAGCAGCUGGAGCAGCAGAAGCAGCUGCAGGACCAGGAGCAGAAGCUGCUGGAGCAGACGCAGGUCAUCGGCGAGCAGAACGCCCGGCUGGCCGAGCUGGAGCACAAGCUCCGCGAACUGAUGGACAGCAGCGCCGCCGCCAUGGGCGGGGCCGGGCCCGCGCCGGCCGCCGCCUCCACGUCCGCCGGCCCCGCAGCCUCUUCCGCCGCCGUCACGACCGCCGCCACGUUGGCCGGCGGCGGCGACACGGGCGCCGAGUCGGCCGGGCCGCCGGGGGCCGAGCAGGGCUCGUCGCUCAAACGCACCAGGAAGAGCUCCGAUGUCCCGCGGCAGUCCAAACGGCUCCGCAGCAAGAAGUGACUCCAGUUCACCCCGCUCCCAGGUUCCCCAGAGACCCCCCCUGAACCAGUACUACAGGGCCCCCCCUGAACCAGUACUACAGAGCCCCCCCUGAACCAGUACCCCAGAGUCCCCCCCUGAACCAGUACCCCAGAGUCUCCCCUGGUCACCCCCCAGAACCAGAACCCCAGAAACCCCCCCCCCCCCCCAGGAACCAGUACCCCAGAGACCCCCUCUCACCCCUCCAGAACCAGUACUUUCUUAGCCGAGUCUGGAGCGUUCCUGUCAGAACCGCAUCGCCGUGCUGGACCGGAUUAGAGUUCUUUGGGGAACCAGGACUUGGCAGAACCCGGACCGGGUCCCAUCAGAUGGUUUCUUUCAGGACUGUGGUUCCCGGUCUGGUUCUCUUGGUGACCAGGAUCCACACAGACGUUACUACUGAACUCAACACAUCUGGUGUUUACUCAGUGAUUGGUCUCAGCAGUAACUCCUGGCUGUUCCACCGUUCUUCAUGGUUCCCUGGGGAACCCCCCCCC